AUGCCACCGACAGAUCUACGGAAGCAAGUCGGACAGCUCUUCGCAGUUGGGUUCCAUGGUCUCGUUCCCAGUCCCGAGAUCAAAACUCUGAUCCGCGACUAUGGCCUCGGAGGUAUCGUUCUAUUCAAACGGAACAUCCGCGAUGCAGAACAGCUCCAGUCCUUAACGUUUGCACUUCAAAACGAGGCAAAGGUCGCUGGACAUGAACAUCCUCUGUUUAUUGGAAUUGACCAAGAGAACGGACUCGUCACCAGGAUAUCACCCCCAGUCGCUGCUCAGGUUCCGGGUCCAAUGGCAUUGGGUGCUACCAACUCCGAAGCGCUCGCUCAUGAGGCCGGCAAGGUUACUGGACAAACGCUGGACUUCUUCGGUAUCAACAUGAAUUAUGCACCUGUCUGCGAUAUCAAUUCGGAGCCAUUGAACCCAGUGAUCGGGGUUCGAAGCCCCGGUGAUGACCCCGAAUUCGUUGGUAAGGUUGCCAGUGCUCAAGCAAAGGGUCUUAGGGAGCAGAAGAUCGUCCCCAGCGUUAAGCACUUUCCCGGACAUGGCGACACAGCGGUGGACUCUCACUACGGACUCCCUGUGAUAUCCAAAACUAGAGAUCAGUUGGAACGAUGUGAGUUAGUUCCGUUUCGCAGAGCGGUCGCGGAAGGCAUUGAGACUGUAAUGACAGCACACAUAUCUUUGCCUGCAAUUGGUGAUGGGGAGCUACCAGCGACGCUUUCUGUCGACGCCCUGAACAUUCUUCGCAAGGAUAUGAACUACGACGGCAUGGUGAUUACCGAUUGUCUUGAAAUGGACGGUAUUCGUGCUACAUACGGCACGGAGCAGGGCGCAGUCAUGGCGUUGAAAGCCGGAAGCGACAGCAUUAUGAUUUGCCAUACCUACGCUGUGCAGGUAGCUUCGAUUGAUCGAGUCUGCGAAGCGGUACAAUCCGGAAAAAUACCAAUGCCCCGUUUUGAGCAAGCCCUUCGUCGGGUCGCCAAGCUCAAAGACAUAUUCUUGACUUGGGAUACUGCUCUACGGCCAAAGGCGAUCGAAGAUCUCGCGUCUAUCAACACAGAAACUGCUGCGGUGGCGAAAGAAGCUUACUCCCGAUCAGUGACGGUCGUUCGGAGCAAGGCAGAUAUCCUUCCCUUGUCCAAAUCAUCAAAGAUCGUGUUCCUUUUUCCAGGCGCAAAUACGCCCGCUGGGGGUGCAGUGGAUGGGGAAGGGCUUGGAAGGAAGGGAUCAUACGAUGCUACCGUCUAUCUCAACAUUAUCCACAAAUACAACACUAAUGCUGUUGAGAUUGGCUAUGGAAUGGAAGGUCUAUCAGCGGAGCAAUGGCGUCAAAUCGAAGCCGCGGAUAUUGUGAUCUUUACUUCCAUCAACGCACGAGAGUCUCCCUAUCAAAGGAUGCUAGGGUUGGAGCUACCAAAGCGCGUACGAGAAUUGGUUGCCAUAGCAGCUUGCAAUCCCUACGACUUUCUUGAAGACUUUAACAUCGAAACGUACGUUGCCACAUACGAACCAACUGUCGAAGCCUUCUCUGCCGCCAUGGAUGUGAUUUUUGGAGCGGCACCUGCGAAAGGGGUCUUGCCGGUCGGGCCCAAGCACACGACAGACAUCCCAAUUGCGGUGUCAUCGCUGGACCUUGGUAGUGAUUUAGAACAUUUGACCACGGUGUGGAACAAAGCAUUUUCUACAUACCCGUUGUCUAGCGACAGAUUGCGCACUCUGUUGGAUCGGCCAAGUGGACACUACUUUGUUGCCUGGUCUGGAUCGGUGCUUGCUGGAUUCUCGCUUGCAUACACUACAGUCAACGGAGGGAUCACGUCGGGUCAGUUGGCAGUGGUCGCUGUGGAUCCUGCAUAUCAAGGGAGGGGUGUUGGGACAACCCUGAUAACGGAAAUUCGGACAUGGUUCAGGCGAAAUUUCGGACUCAAUCGCCUAGCCUUAGGAAGUACCUUUCCUCGCUUUUGGCCUGGAAUCCCGACAGAUCUGCCGUCAAAGAUCCAAGAAUUCUUUAUUCAUCGGGGAUUCCGGCUCAAUCCACCAACAUCGCGAUCUGUUGAUCUGUACCAAGAUAUCAGAGGUUUCCAGGCUCCCGAGAAGUACGUACAUCGGGCAAAAGAGCGGCAAUACACCUUUGGUGUUCUCCUUCCAGAGCAUCAUAAAAAGUGUGUGGCAGCUCAGAAACGGAAUUUCACUGAUUAUACGGGUUGGGUUGAGGCGUACAUGGUACUCCAUCCCGACAAAUACCCGUCAAACGUGAUGGUUGCAUUUGACAAGGAAGGGAACCAGGUGGGCUGGACCCUGAUGCUUCCUCCUUCAUCACCUCUCCUCCAGCGAGACUGGGCUUUCCCCCCUCUUUGUGGCCCCAAGACUGGCUUGAUUGGUUGCGUGGGAGUCGACGUGGCUCAUCGGAAGGGAGGUGUUGGAUUAGCUCUUAUGUGCCAUGCGAUUGAGAACAUGAAGCAGAGAGGUAUUGAAGGUGUCUUUGUUGACUGGGUUAGUUUGGAUGGUUGGUACGAACAGCUUGGAUUCGAAGUUUGGCGCAGCUAUCGGCCGGGUAUAAUUUGA